CGCCACCGUGCAUCUACUGCUUUCAGCGAAACGAGAAUAACGAAAACGUCGAGUGUAGACGGGGUGACAUGAACAGAACGCGCUAUAUUUCUAAAUAACGCUUUUAAAUGCUGGAAUUCGAUUAAUCGGUCUGUAACCUAUGCAGAAUCAAAGUUAGUGCCGUAAAUUGAAAAUCUGUGCAGUUAGUUUUGAUUUAUUAUUAGAACUAACAAUACAGUGCGACACCGAAUGUUUCAGUUUGAUGGCGCUAUGGCCGCUAAUACAGGGAAAUCAUAAUUUGCCUUAACCUCAUUUGUGUAUUUUGAUGUUGUUUACAAAUUUUUAAAAACUAGUGGAAGUCUAGUGCGUUGCAUAAAGGUUUGUCUGAAUCAAGAUAGCUAUGUAAAAUAAACAAGUGAAACCAUGGAAAACAUUGAUGACAGCAAACGACAGUUGGUCACUCAUAUUUGUUUGAAUGUACGAGUAUAGUUGCCCAUCCAAAUAAUAAUCGCAAUGAACGUAAAGCAAGAGCGGCAGGAUGAAGCAGAAAUUAGAGAAUUGGCGGCCAAAUUUGUGGAGGCCAACAAGGCUAAAAUGGCAAUGCCUCAAAGGACCCCUCAACCUCCAGGACAAAGUAUGAACAUACUCAGUUUCUUAACUAGUGAUAAACCUAAGCCCAAGACUGCUGCACCAUGUACCCCAACAGAGGCUGAUACAAAAAACAUAGAUGAAGAAUCUGUCAAAGGUAGAUUUGGUUGGACCCUCAUGGGCAAAAUGCACAUACCUUACAUUAUACGCUCUGGAGAGAGCUACUGUUCUGUCAGAAUGGUAGAGAUGAAAGUAUUAAACAAAUUAUUGAAUUAUCUUCAUCAAGACUUGUAUAAUUGUACUAAUAUUAGGAGCUACUAUAUAACUGAGUCUGAAGCAAAAUUAUUGAAUGAGAUAAACUUCAAACAUUGUGAUUAUCAAUUUGGACGAGAACAAUUCACACCAAGGGACCUUAUUGUUAGACUAUCUGAUGCAAAUGAGUUUUACCAGUUUUUGGGACAUUGUUAUGCAAAAUUAAUGAAUACUUCUGAUGCUGAUAAUUUGGACAGAUGUGGUUUCAUCAGGAUAAACAGAGAAUCUGUGGUUCCUUACACAGUAUACAAUGACCAAAAGUAUGUACCCUUAUUUUACUUUGAAGGUGAAACAGACAAUCUGAAGCAACGAGCUGACAAACUAGAAGGUUGGGAUCUAUCAUAUUUAAAAUUUUGUUGCAAAGUUCAAGGGAUAAGGAAUGAACUUUUUGCACAUGAUUCAUGUUCGGUUAUUAGCCUAAAUGACAUAAAGAACUAUUUUCCCCCAGGGACGGUGUUUGAGGACUACUGGCCAAAAAAAAACUUGGAUAGUCAGCUUUUGAUCAGUAGAAACUCAAGUCAAACACAAAUAGUUCAAUGGACAAGGCAACCCAUUGCACCUCCAAUUCAAGCCCACCCCUCCCCAUCUCCAAAACCAGCAACACAAGCAAAAGCUGCCAAUUCUGGUCACCUACAUAAUGUACAUGUUUUUUCUAACUUUGGAAUAUCUGGGGGGCAGCCUAUUUACCAUACCACAGCACAGCCUAGGACUGCGAGUUCUGCUGUUCGUGCUACUUAUCCCUCUGCCUCACGACAUCUCAGACCAUACUUCACUGGGUCUAUGGGAGGCCAGCAUCCACCACCUUUGGUUCGUGCAAACUCUGCUGCGAUGGCCCAAUACAAUGCACAGAAUAAGGCUGCUGGGAACUACAUGAUACUGGAUAACAUGAACCAGCAAAACAGUUAUCACCAAGCAUCACAAUCAAACUACCCUCCACCACUGCUUCACAUGAAUGGUGGAAUAUCUCGAUAUGAAGGACCACAAACCAGGGAGCUGCAGAACAGUUAUGGUGUGAACAGCUCAACUGGGCAGUUGAUCAACCAACAGCCUGCACACCAAGCGACGCGCACGCAAGCCGGUACGCCUGCAGGUUCUGCACCUACAGAAGAUAGGAACAGCAUUACAAAUGGACGGCCGAUGGUCAAUAGUGUCAUUUCACGGUAUUAUACAUAUUUUUCACUACUUUUUAUCAUUUUGUAUCAGAUUACUCGCCGUUUGCAAAGAAGGAAGUCAUCGUUGAGAUUCGAAAUUAUGAGCUUUUGUAUUCACAUUUUUUUAAGUAACACUACUUCUCUUAUCUGUUUGAUUUAAUUUAUUUGAUGCGAAUGUUUUAUAUAUAUAUACAAGUAUAUAGAGAGAGACAGAAAGAGACCUUUUGCA